AUGAAUGACAUUGACAGCUGCAACGACAACGAUGGUCAACAAGGCGAUGGCGAUGGUGACGGCGACGACACCUACACCCCGCCCGCUGUGGGCAAGGGUUUGGAAGAAACCUCGCCCAUCCCCAUCCCAUCAACCAAACCUACUUGCAACCUCUCAUCCGGUCCCUCUUCCCACGCGUAUCCACACGUCACCACUCCCACCUUGCAAUCAACCUUUCAAACUUUCCACGUGUCGCCCCCGUCCACCAUCUCCCCAUCCAAGCCUCGGUCCAACGAAAUCUUGGCCCACAUUUUCAAGUCUCUCUUCCUCGGUCCGGCCUACAAUAAUAAUGAUGACCAACCUUUCGAACCGAGGCUAGGUAUCGUCAGGGAAUCUUCACUAUCCAAUGUUCAUGUCCCAGGUGGGGUCGAGUGUCAGGAUACGACGAUUAAUCUCGUUUUGAAAUGGUUGUAUUCUAAAGCCAGAGGUGGUCCUGGACAGCAUCCCGGUCGUUUGCGUAUGCUCGAAAUAGGCGCUCUGUUGCCCGAUAAUAUGGCUGAAUGCUCGUCCUGGAUAGACAACCACCCAAUCGACCUUCAGUCUCAACACCCCCUCAUCCUCCAACAAGACUUUUUCCAUCGCCCAGUACCGGUCAAAGGCAGCGACGAGUGGUUCGACAUUAUCAGUUGCACCUCCACAUCCUCCGCCCUCAUAUCCACUCCCGAUAUUUCCGUCCGGGCCCAAAUCGGCGUCAAACCCAAACGAUCCCGUCGGGCCCAACCCCCACCCCCGACUUCCUUCUCACCCACCCAACCCCCAAACGCCGAGUCGACCUCUACGUCCACCCGUUCCUUCUCCACCCUGACCGAUGAAACCCCAUCCACCAAACGUCGUCGCGUCGAACAGUUGGCUGAAAAUUACUGGUGUUGCGUCUUUUCCGUUCUAGAGGUCAAACUACACCUCCCGCGACAAUGUCUGGCACAGGCUCUAGCCUAUGCAGUGGGAUCUUUCGAACAGUGCGGCUGUCGUGUGGCAGUCGCCAUGUACAGAUCACGGUUUACACCCAUCCUCGUUUUGGAUUCUCGCAAUGUCACCAUUGAGACCAACGAUCAUUCUUCCUGGGGAAGAGUGGACAACAUGAGACAUCUCUCCAGGUUCCUAGGUUCAAUGUUACCUUACGAUCUUGAUGCCAGUCAGACUGUAUGGGAAUCUUUACGAUCAGAUCGAGAUCAACCUCAAGUCGUAAACCAACCCGAUCAACAAGAUCAAAAUCAAAGACGGACCCGGGGGCAUCUUCCGGUCAUGAUAGACCAAGACAGUACGGGCGUUUUGUUGGGGAUCAUCCGAUCUGCCAUCGCUUGCGCUCACACCAUUCGAUCAGACGGUACCGACGUCAUGUCGAGAGAUAAGCUAGUCAACCUCACCCGUCAACCCAUGCUGGAUCUCAAGAAUCGUCAUGUGACGAGACCGAUGACCCUGAGGUCGUUCAAUCUGGACAGGACUAGUGAGAUGAGGGAUUUUGACAGAGUGAGGAAGAGACAUGUGUUGGGACACUCGGAUCUGGAAAAUUUGGCCAGCAUUUGUGGUUACGCUCGCAGUUCAGAGUUGUUGCGUGUUCUCGUCCGUUUGUUCCCGAGGUCAGACGUGCAGGCUGAGGAUGGAUCGGGGGAUCAGGCUGAGGAUGGGUCGGGGGGUAGUGGUGGAGAUGGUGGAGAUGGUGGGGGUGGUGGAGGUGGAGGUGGUGGGCGGUCGGGGCCAGGUGGUGGCGGGGACAAUCCAACUCCAGAUCAAGGAAAUGGUCAAGACGGAAGUGGACAAGGUGGAGAUACCGAAUCGUAUCAACCGGAUACAAACUGUGAGUGA